AUGCUCGGGUCAAGAUUCGUUCUUCUCGUAUGUGCACUUUUUGCUCUUGUCUAUUGGAGUUUGAAUUACAAAUCUCUCAGACUCGCUUAUCAUGCGGAUCGAUAUCACGGUGAUUUUGUUUCGAGUGGAGUAUUCUUCGAAGGAUGGUAUUUUAAAUUAAGCUUUGAAGAACUGAAUUACAGCGUCAUCGUCAUACCAGGUGUACAUAGAAACGAUUAUGAUCGUUUUGCAUUCAUGAUGAUUGCUUAUAAUAACAUAUCGCAUUAUUUUCGUUUCCCCUUCGAAUCAUUUCACUCGUCAACCGAUGAAUUUUUGGCAACAAUUGGUCAAGACGAAAAUAUAUUCUCCUAUGACAAAAUGAUCGUUAAUAUCCAACCGAAAUCUACGGAUGAUGCUUCGGAAAGCUUUCAGAUGAAUCUAACAUUAUCUUCGCAUUUAACAAUACCUGAUCUAUCUUGGUUAAUACCAGGAACGAUGGGCCCGUUCUCAUGGAUACCAACAAUGCAAUGUAAUCAUCAUGUACUAAGCUUAAAAUAUCAAGUUCAGGGUUCGAUCAAAAUCAAUCAUUCGGACAGUAUGUCUGUUCAUGGUGUAGGUUAUCUCGAAAAAGAUUGGGGAUACUCGUUUCCGACAGUAUGGUCAUGGGGACAAGCGAAUCAAUGGGAAAAUCUUCCAUUGGGAACAUCACCACCAAGUUUAUUCUUUUCAUUUGCUAUGAUUCCGUGGUAUUUCAAUUUGAAAUUUCCAGGAUUUCUCAUCGUCUUUGAGCACAAUGGCCAUUUUUAUCGUUUUAAUGCUUAUUUACUAUCAGUUGUCACUGACCUUACAGCUGAUAAUACAACAGAUAAAGUUUCCUUUACUGUUUAUGAUGUUUUCUUUCAACACAAACUUCGUGUUAGUACGCAUUACGACGAAUCUGCAAACAUUCAAAGUGCACUUUUAUACGGUCCACGUGAUGAUCGAAUGGAGAAAUUUGUGAAAGAAACUCUAGUAAAUAACAUUUAUUUCGAUGUUCAACUAACACGAUUAAUCCACAAUUCAACAGGAGAUAAAAAUGACAGUGACUUAUUCGUUCAACAUGGAUAUUCUGAAGAAAUUAUUUUUCAAGGUCGUGCUAUGCAUGUGGCAUUAGAGAUUAACGGCGACAUUCAAUCAUUAAUUCAAAAAUUUCGAAACACAUUCGAAAAUGUAUAUCCUUGGAAUUUAUCACUAGGUAGAACUUUGAUUCAGUACUAUAAGUUUAUACUAACAAGUAUCGUCAGUAUUGUCGUAGUACGACUAAUUGUAGUAAUACGCCGGUGA